GACCGCCGGGACGAGCAGACCAGCGCCUGCCCGCGUCCGCCAGCCGCUCCAGCAUGGACCUCCGCGCCCUGGCGCUGCUCGCCUUCGCCCUGGCCGUCAUCUCCCUCUCGGAGGAGAAACCCGUCAGCCUGACUUACCGAUGUCCCUGUCGAUUCUACGAGAGCAACGUGGCAAGAGCCAACAUUAAGCACCUCAAAAUCCUCUCCACACCUAACUGCUCACUUCAGAUUGUUGCAAGGCUCAAGAGCAACAGCAAGCAAGUAUGCAUUGAUCCCAAGUUAAAGUGGAUCCAGGAAUAUCUGGAGAAGGCUUUAAACAAACCACGUCAUCGCACUCAUAAAAAAAAGCAACAGAAGAAACGGGGCCCCCUCUGCCCUUCCCGUGCAACAUCACUAAAGUCUCCAGGGAGAAAGAAUGGAGGUUCAAGAUGUAAGAGGCAAGCAUUGUAAGCCGGCUACAGGAUUUCUUACUGUAGGACCCAGAGAGCAGAUAACCAGUAUUAGGGAAUGAAUACAUUUUACUGUUAUCAUGCAGCACAAAAGCAACGCUUCACGCAUUUCCAAAGGGUUUUUUUUUUUCUUGUUUGGGUUUUUUUCCCCCCUUGCACAAAUUGACUUGCUUUCACAGUGCUAUUUUUAUAUAGUUAAGAUGUAACUAUUUGAAAAAAAUAUGUUUUUUACACGUUGGUUUAUUACCUAGCACUGGGGGCAGAUACCAAUUUAAACUAACCCUAUGUUAUAUAAUAUUUUAUUACCUUUGUUAUGUAAAGGUCAUGCUUUAUUUAACUUUCUUUUGGUUCAUGCAAGUCUCCUGGAGUUUUAAACCGAGAAGGACAUGAACUGUACAGUGCAAUGAUGUUGUGUGUAAGUAGUGGAGGAACUCCUUGCCUCCAGAAGUCACAGAGGCCAAGAACAUAGGAAGGCUAAAAAAGCAUCAGAUAAAAGUAGACAGCAUUACCCUGGGUGGCAUUUGGGGUGAGGGAUUAAACUCAGGGCUGGAGGGCUAAAACCCUUCUCUGAAGAUCAGAAACUUUGGUCACAGCUGUGAGCAGCUGAGCCAAUGCACGUUUGGUAUUGCAAGGUGCUAGUACUUGGUUUGUAGUAGUUGUGUGUGUUAGGAGCCACAACAGCAAUCUGAUGUCAUCUGGUAUUUCCUAUGUUCCUGUGUUUCUGAUGACAAAUUUAGCAAAAGAAGAAGGAAUGGGUUAUUAAAGCUCUAAGCACACGACCAUGUUGCAAGUCACCAGAGAAGUCAGAUAUGCUGCCAUGCACCAGGUAUCUCUUCCCACCCAUCCACAGGAGGUGACUUCAGCUUGCCUGGGUGGUUUUGCACUGAAGUAGGCUGAGAUGCAUUCACCCUUCGCCAGUGAUGCUGUAGGUCUGCUACUGAACAGUCACACCUCCCUGAGGGCAGUCACAUCUUUGAUUGCUCUGGAGAUGCGCACAAGAGGAUAUCUGGAAAGGAUAUCAGAAGAGGAUAUCUGAAUAUCUUUGGAAAAAAAGAGAUGCCUGGGGCAAGAGAGGGUCUGUCCAGUUUUUGGAAGGAGUGGUAUUUCUUGGGUGUGGAAAUGAAGGCCAACACUCACUGUUCACCAGCAGUCAUGGCCUCAUUUGCUGGUGAACAGGAUGGCCUCUGGAAUUUCCUUUGCAAAGUACAGCUGGGGACAGGCACCACUCCUUGCACCAAUCCCUCUCUAAGCUAGAAAUUUCUUUUUCCUGGUUCCUGCCUGUAUACACAAUAUCUGUUAUAUAGUGUAUGGAAAGACACCUGCAGCACUGAUAAUGAUGUUAUGGUGUGCACUGGGAUCUGGGGGGAAGCACAUUAGUGCAGCACAAUGCUUGUGUUUGUAUGUAUCUGUGUCUGUAUUGUAAACAAAAAAAUGUUGUAAGAUUGUCUUUUUUAGUGAGCUGGUUGCUUCAAAAGGAAUCUUCCCUCUUCCCUGCGAACACAAAGAAGUGUUUCACUAAGCACUCCUUUUUUGUGGUAGGCAUCUUUAAUGCCAAAGUGUCACUUUGGCUAGCCAGGGACUACCUUAUUUCCAUGUGGAUUCAGGUAAAAAUCUUGUAAGUAUUUUCCUCUCUGCAAAACAGGGCUAUUGCAGAGAGUCCUUCAGCUGGGACCACAUCACCUCAUUUGCUUUAAAGCAGAAACCAACUGCUGUGCCUAAAAUGUUUGUGUGUGUGAUUUUGACAUUCCUUCUCUUGUCAUCAUACCAACCUGGUGCUUAAGUAUUUUUUGUCUGUUUUGAAAGGUCUGGUACCACUGUAUAUGACGAGAAUUGGAGUGUUGAUUUAGUAUGAGUAUGAUCAGAUCCUCUCUUUAAAGGCUAAAGACAGAAAGAAAUUUUAUGAGAAAACCAGAGUUUCUAGUAUCCUCCCUGGAACUAUACUUUAUAUCAUAGGGUCCAUCUCCUGUCCCACAUAUGCACCUGCAAUUGCCAGUGGUUUGUGAGAGGCAGACUCGUGAGUGUCAUGGCCAAGAAUGACUGCAGGGAAAGUGUGCAAGAAUCUUGGUUUUGACAUAGACACCGAACUUCUCCUUCUCACCCAGGAAGGUGCACUCUUCACACAUAAUUCCAAUCAAAGGACAGCUUGAGGUCUGAUUCAUUCCCAUUGGAGUAAAUGGAGACUUAAAUAAUUCUCUGAUUUUGAUUCAGCAGCGUAUCUUGCUAAUGAUAAUA